UCACGUGGGUGGGCGGGGCUACGCCGGCCCAGCUCGUCCUCAGGAAGCAUGGCACUCUGGAGGGCAUACCAGAGGGCCCUAGCUGCGCAUCCGUGGAAAGUCCAGGUCCUGACAGCUGGGUCCCUGAUGGGCCUAGGUGACAUUAUCUCACAGCAGCUCGUGGAGAAGCGGGGUCUGCAGGAACACCAGACAGGCCGCACCCUGACCAUGGCAACCCUGGGCUGUGGCUUUGUGGGCCCUGUUGUAGGAGGUUGGUACAAGGUUUUGGAUCGGUUCAUCCCUGGCACAACCAAGGUGGAUGCGCUUAAGAAGAUGUUGUUGGAUCAGGGGGGCUUUGCCCCAUGCUUUCUGGGUUGCUUCCUCCCCCUGGUAGGGGCAUUCAAUGGACUGUCAGCCCAGGACAACUGGGCCAAACUACAGCGGGACUAUCCUGAUGCCCUCAUCACCAACUACUAUCUCUGGCCUGCGGUGCAGUUAGCCAACUUCUACUUGGUCCCCUUGCAUUACAGGUUGGCCAUUGUCCAGUGUGUUGCUGUUGUCUGGAACUCCUACCUAUCCUGGAAGGCGCAUCAACAUUAAAGCCACAUUGCUCCCUCACUCUCACCUGGAAGUGAUGCACUGUGACCCUGAAAUGGUUAGAUCCCCUUCCUAGAGUGGGCACAAAAGUUUCCAUGGAGGUGGGGUUGCUAGGCUAGAACUUACUAGGGUUAGCACUCUGAAAUGGCACAUGUCACUCUAAAAUGGACUGCUUCUGAAAUUGUCAGGAUGAGGUCUGAGAAGCGUGUCCUUAGUUUCACUGUGUGAACAUCAGAGAGCAUGCUUACAUGCUCCUAGGUGGUAUAAGCCAGCCACUGGUGUGGUCUCCUAAUGUAAAUGAGAUGCAGUAAGGGCUAGAAGUAUGGCUCAAGUGGUAGAGUGCCUACCUAGCAAGAGCAAGGCACUGCUGGUCACCAAACCUGACAUCCUGGCUACUUAGGAGGCUGAGAUCUGAGGAUCAAGAUUCAAAGCCAGCCCAGGCAGGAAAACUCAUGAGACUCUUAUCUCCAAUUAACUAGCAGAAAGCCACA